AUGAAAUCUAGUAUUGCUGCCACUUGUAUUUUAAUGGUUUUGAUUAGAGUGGCAAAGGCUGAGGUAUCGCCAUCAUUAUCUCCAUGGGAGAGUUGUUCAACUAUUAUAUAUGAUAUGAUAGAUUGUAUCCCGUUUUUGAGCGGAGACAGCACCGAAGACAAACCAACAGUUGCAUGUUGUUCUGGGUUUAAAAUAGUAGUGGGAAUCAAUGCUGAAUGCAUUUGUGAAGCCCUUAAAAGCAGUGUUGAUCUGGGUGCCGAUAUAAAUCUUACAAAGGCCGCUGCUUUGCCUUCAGCUUGUCAAGUUUCAGCACCUCCCAUCUCCGAAUGCAACUUAGAAGUUAACCCUCCUCCACCGAGUGAAUCUCCGAUCCCAAUUUCAGGGCCAGCGGAAACACCAGCACCUGCAGGUGAAGUUGCUAAACAUGCUCCCUCACCGUCCUUGUCUGGGACUUGCUCACUAUCAUCUUCUUUCUUUCUUCUCUUUACCAUGCUACUCAUUUGUAUUUGUUAUAUCUCUGUGUAA